AUGGAUAUCACUGGAUUUAUAGUGACCCAUAGGGCAGAAGCCCUUUCAAUGGGCGAUUACAACAAAUAUCGAGCAAUGUUAACGCGGAGAUUGCAUACCCUGAACAAACGACUUGGAAGAACAACACCCAAGGGCAAGAAAUACUCGGCGAAAUCAGUUAUUACAUCCAGCGAUAUAGCAAGUGAUCAUAGUUUUGUUCGUAUACUCCUCCUCUACGCAGAACGGGCAUGGGCGGAAGCCAUGCAUAUGCGAUCUGUUCAUUCUCAGGAUACGUCGAAGAAGGGGAUGGUUGGCUCAGCAAGACGGCAUAUAAUCUCGCGGUUAAAUAAAGCUACCGUAUACGCAAACCAGCUGGCGUCCGCGCUUCAAAACCAACAGGAAUCAAAGGCGUCUCGGGCCGACUUUCUAGAAGCCCAUGCGUAUCUGGCAUCGCUUUCAACAGCAUCCUGGAUGGAAAGACGGCAGUGGGAAAAAUGCUUGAAACAGGCAUCCUUGGCUAGGGUUUUAUAUACCGUACUGGAGAAGCAGGACAAGCAGGGGAACAUCCAAGAAUUUAUUUCAGGGACUGUUGACCCCAGCAUACGCUACUCUGCCUACCAGCUCAAAAUACCCCGUUCGAUCCCCCUGAGUACGAUUUCAAAGAAGUAUUUCCCGGCAGACUCUUCCCUGAGAGAGGAAGUUGAAGCUGUUGACCCCCAUUGUCUAGGCGAAGAUUCCAUCGAGGGAGGGGCCGCUGCGGCGUCGGGAGACUCUCAAGCUUUCCCACAAACUAUCACCUGGAGGUCGAGGACGGUCAAAAUUGAGGAUGCGGCAAUAUCGCAAGCGCUGGCUUCUGCAGCUUCUGCCGAAGCUCAGCUUUCAAAUUGGAUUGCAAAGCAGAAGGGCCAAAAGGCAUCCGCAAAGGAGACUGCAGCAAACUAUGACAGCGUGAUAAUUGCGAGUCAAGAUGCGGUUGAUGCAACCAAGGCAGCGAUCGACGAGCUGACGAGUGAGGGUAUAGACCAGGGUGACGUGAGGAUGCAGAGUCUACAGAUCACGAAAACAGCCGUCAACUACCGGCUUGUAGGCUGGCGUGUUGGUAGGAACCGAGUACUCUGCGGCGAGGCGGACGGGUUAAACUUCACCCCGGAAUCGACUACUCAGCGGAAGGGGAAGCAAGAGAAGGAGGGUACGAAGCAGGAGAGCCUGGGCAGACGCAUUGGUCGCCUUCGAGAGCAUGUUGUACUGUAUGACUCGAUCCUACAGAGCUUGGAGUCUGUUAAAGAACUUCCUGGUGUUGCGGCAGACACCGCUUUUGUUCGUGAACUCGAAGCAAAGUGCUCCUACUUCAAGUCACUCAGGUGUCUCGCCAUUGGAAGGUCUCAUGCGCUCAAGUCGAACGCUAAGAAUGCGCUUGCAUUGUUUAUCCGCGCUAUUGAUCUUGUGGCAAAGGCUCUCCCGCCAUCAUCGAAUGAGGCUGACCGUCCAAGUCAGCCACUAGGGGUUGACGUCUCGCGGCCUCAGGUGGAAGAACUCCAGGUUCAGCUGCAGCAUCUCGUCUGGCAGUACCGGGGGAUAGUCGAGAUAGAAAAGCUGGCUGCAGAAUCCGAUCAGAGAGAUCCCGCAACGCUGCCACCUGUUCUACACCGGAUGAACGAAUAUCAUCUAGAAGGGGUAAAUCUAGGGAACCUCGUGGCAUAUCCACCCAGGCUCGAGCCCAUCCCUGUCAAACCCGUUUUCCUGGAUCUAGCUUGGAACUAUAUCAAAUACCCGAUGGAGAAGAAGGACGUGCUUUCUACCGCACCCGACACCGUGGCAGCCGAGCCAACGCCUGCGGCUGAACCUAAGAAGGAGAAGAAGGGCUGGUUCGGAUUUGGUCGUUAA